AUGACAGCAGACCUGCUAAGGGACGGAAUGAGACUCGGAGCCUGCCUCCUAGGGCUCUUAGCCCUCUUCGGCGUGGGCAAAUGCACUUACAGCCCGGAACCCGACCAGCAGCGCACGCUGCCCCCGGGCUGGGUGUCCCUGGGCCGUGUGGACCCUGAGGAAGACCUGAGUCUCACCUUCGCUCUGAGACAGCAGAACCUGGAAAGACUGCCCAAACUGGUUGAGGCUGUGUCGGAUCCCAGCUCUCCUCGCUACGGAAAAUACCUGAGCCUGGAGGAGGUGGCUGAACUGGUCCGGCCAUCACCCCUGACCCUCUACACUGUCCAAAAAUGGCUCUUGGCGGCUGGGGCCCAGAACUGCCAAUCAGUGAUCACACAGGACUUUCUGACCUGCCGGAUGAGUGUUCGACAGGCAGAGCUGCUGCUCUCUGGGUCUGAGUUUCACCGCUAUGUGGGGGGACCUGCAGAGACCCAUGUUGUAAGGUCCCCACGUCCCUACCGACUCCCGAAGGCCCUGGCCUCCCAUGUGGACUUUGUUGGGGGGCUGCACCGCUUCCCCCCGACAUCAUCCUUGAGGCAACGCCCUGAGCCGCAGGCGGCAGAGACUGUUGGCCUGCACCUGGGGGUGACCCCGUCCAUUAUCCGUAAGCGAUACAACUUGACCGCACAGGACGUGGGCUCUGGCACAACCAACAACAGCCAAGCCUGUGCCCAGUUCCUGGAGCAGUAUUUCCAUGACUCGGACCUGGCUGAGUUCAUGCAUCUCUUCGGUGGGGACUUUGCACACCAGGCUUCAGUAGCCCAUGUGGUUGGACAGCAGGGCCGGGGCCGGGCUGGGAUCGAGGCCAGUCUCGACGUGGAGUACCUGAUGAGCGCUGGCGCCAACAUCUCCACCUGGGUCUACAGUAACCCUGGCCGGCACGAGUCACAGGAGCCCUUCCUGCAGUGGCUCCUGCUGCUCAGUAACGAGUCAGCCCUGCCACCUGUGCACACGGCGAGCUACGGAGAUGACGAGGACUCCCUCAGCAGCGCCUACAUCCAGAGGGUCAACACCGAGUUCAUGAAAGCUGCUGCUCGGGGUCUUACCCUGCUCUUCGCCUCAGGUGACAGUGGGGCCGGAUGUUGGUCUACCUCUGGGAGACACCAGUUCCGUCCCAGCUUUCCUGCCUCCAGCCCUUAUGUCACCACGGUGGGAGGCACGUCCUUCCAGAACCCUUUCCGAAUCACCAAUGAGGUUGUUGACUACAUCAGUGGCGGCGGCUUCAGCAAUGUGUUCCCACGAGCUCCGUACCAGGAGGAAGCUGUAGCCAAGUUCCUGAGCUCCAGCCCCAAGUUGCCACCAACCAGUUACUUCAACGCCAGUGGACGUGCCUACCCGGAUGUGGCCGCACUCUCCGAUGGCUAUUGGGUGGUCAGCAACCGCGUGCCUAUUCCAUGGGUGUCUGGCACCUCGGCUUCUACUCCAGUGUUUGGAGGGAUCCUAUCCCUGAUAAAUGAGCACAGAAUCCUCAACGGCCGUCCCCCGCUUGGCUUUCUCAACCCAAGGCUCUACCAGCAGCAUGGGGCAGGACUCUUUGAUGUAACCCGUGGCUGCCAUGAGUCCUGUCUGAAUGAAGAGGUGCAGGGCCAGGGUUUCUGCUCUGGCCCUGGCUGGGAUCCUGUGACAGGCUGGGGAACACCCAACUUCCCAGCUUUGCUGAAGACCUUAAUCAAUCCUUGA